AACUGUGGGUGGCUUCCAAUUGGCCGAACUUCUGUUGAUUUUUGACAAAUUCUUGAACCACUGUUGUAAACCACGAAGUGUACAUCACAACUGCACCACCAACAUCCAUCUCAAUCCUGAGGCCCGAGGCAUCUUGCCUUGUCUAUAGUCUGUAAUUCAAAGUUCCUGCUCGACCGGAUCCAAUAUUUGUUAUUGUAACAACAUGACUUCCGCUCUGAACGAUUUUCUCUACGCUUCUUUCCUCCUUCCGAUCUUUUUCACCAUUGAAUGCACCAGAUGCAUUCUCUACGUCUCCGAUAGAACGCCUGGCAGCGGUCCAUUGCGUUUGGUCGUCUUACUACUCAACAUCCUCGCGGUUGGCCCACUCCAAGUGAUUUUUGGAUGGGUGCUGAUGGUCGUAUGGUUCCCUGUGCGAGCUCUUCUGUGGUUCAUGGGUAUAGGAAGGGGUGCGCCGAAGAAAGGCUCGGCGGCUGCAACAGCGCGAUUCUAUGAAUUCAAGAAGAGACGAGCUCAGAACAGGCGAGGGGAAAGUUGAUCAGCAGGACUUGAGGUAUUAUCAUAUGAUUUUCUUGGGUUGUAUGUACCUCUAGAAGUGUAUUGUUUCUUGCACUAGUACUAUUGUUGUUUUAUGAUUGCUGUCAUCGUUUUAUUAUAUAUUUAUGCUCUCCUUCGAAAUGUA